AUGGCCGGGCUGCGAACGCUGCUGCUGCUGGGCUGCGCGCUGACCGCCGCCCGUGCCUUCAACUUGGACGCCGAGCGGCCGGCCGUGUACUCGGGCGCCGAGGGCAGCUAUUUCGGCUUCGCCGUGGACUUCUUCGCUCCCGAUCCCUCCUCGAUAUUUCUUCUGGUGGGAGCUCCAAAAGCAAACACCUCCCAGCACAACGUGGUAGAAGGGGGGCAGGUGCUGCAAUGUAACUGGAAUUCCAACAGGAACUGCCAGCCCAUCAUCUUCGACUCCACAGGCAACAGAGAUUUUGCUCCUGAUGAUCCACUGGAAUUUAAGUCUCAUCAGUGGUUUGGAGCAUCUGUGAGAUCCAAAAAUGAUAAAAUUUUGGCUUGUGCCCCAUUGUAUCACUGGAGAACUGAAACAAAACAAGAGCGAGAGCCUGUGGGAACUUGUUACCUGCUUACUGGAUCCAAAUCUGUGGAAUAUGCACCCUGCAGGUCAACCACUAUUGAUGCAGAUGGGCAAGGAUUUUGUCAAGGUGGAUUUAGUAUCGACUUUACAAAGGGAGACAGAGUCCUGCUUGGAGGACCUGGCAGUUUUUACUGGCAAGGCCAGCUCAUUUCUGAUCGAGUGACAGAGAUUGUGGCUAAAUAUGACUCCAAAGUCUACAGUACAAAAUAUGACGACCAGUUAGCAACCAGACCUGCUAGUGCUGCUUUUGAUGACAGCUACUUGGGUUAUUCCGUGGCUGUUGGAGACUUCAAUGGUGAUGGCAUAGAAGACUUUGUAUCAGGAGUCCCAAGAGCAGCAAGAACUCUAGGCAUGGUGUCCAUCUACAAUGGGAAAAACAUGUCCUCCAUGUACAACUUCACUGGAGAGCAGAUGGCUGCCUAUUUUGGGUAUUCAGUGGCUGCCACAGAUAUCAAUGGGGACGAUUACACAGAUUUGUUUAUUGGAGCCCCACUCUUUAUGGAUCGAGGUUCUGAUGGGAAACUUCAAGAGGUCGGCCAAGUUUCCAUUUGUCUUCAAAGAGCCUCUGGAGGGUUUCAGAUCGCAAAGCUGAAUGGUUUUGAGAUAUUUGCAAGAUUUGGCAGUGCUAUUGCACCCCUGGGUGAUCUAGACCAGGAUGGCUUUAAUGAUAUUGCAGUAGCUGCACCGUACGGUGGAGAGGACAAGAGAGGACUUGUCUAUAUCUACAAUGGAAGAGCAACUGGUUUGAAUGCAGUCCCAUCUCAGAUUCUUGAAGGGCAGUGGGCUGCUCGUACUAUGCCACCCAGCUUUGGGUACUCACUGAAAGGAGCCACAGACGUGGACAAAAAUGGAUAUCCAGACUUGAUUGUUGGAGCCUUUGGUGUUGACACAGCUGUUUUGUAUAGGGCCAGACCAGUUAUUAGAGUGAAUGCUGCCCUGGAAGUUAAUCCAACCAUUCUAAACCCAGAAAACAAAGCCUGUUCACUGUCAGAUGUAAAAGUUUCAUGCUUCAAAGUAAAAUUCUGCUUAAAAGCAGAUGGCAAAGGAAAACUCCCUAAUUCGCUCAAUUUCCAAGUGGAGCUGCUGUUGGAUAAACUGAAGCAAAAAGGAGCUAUAAGGCGAGCUCUCUUUCUCCACAGCAAACAGCCUAGCCAUUCCAAGAACAUGACUAUUACAAAGGGAGGCAAAAUGAAUUGUGAAGAACUUGAUGCUUUUCUGAGGGAUGAAUCUGAAUUUAGAGACAAAUUAACUCCCAUUACAAUUUUUAUGGAAUAUCGUCUUGAUUACAAAACAGCUGCGGAUGCAACAGGAUUGCAUCCUAUCCUCAAUCAGUUCACUCCUGCUAAUAUGAGCAGACAGGCACACAUCCUGUUGGAUUGUGGUGAGGAUAAUAUCUGCAAACCAAAGCUGGAGGUUUCAGUAAGAAGUGAUCAGAAGAAGAUCUACAUUGGUGAUGACAAUCCCUUAACGCUGACUGUCAAUGCAGAGAAUCAAGGGGAAGGAGCCUACGAAGCAGAGCUCUUUGUCAUUGUUCCUCCCCAAGCAGAUUUCAUUGGUGUUGUUCGAAAUAAUGAGGCUUUAGCAAGAUUGUCAUGUGCAUUUAAAACUGAGAAUCAAACUCGCAUGGUGGUUUGUGACCUGGGAAAUCCCAUGAAAGCAGGAACUAAGCUAUUAGCUGGCCUGCGUUUCAGUGUGCACCAGCAAUCUGAAAUGGAUACCUCUGUAAAGUUUGACUUGCAAAUACGAAGUUCCAACCUGUUUGACAAUCUAAGUCCUGUAGCAUUCUAUCAGGUUGACCUUGCCAUUUCAGCAGCUGUUGAAAUUAGAGGCGUGUCAUCUCCUGAUCACAUAUUCCUUCCUAUUGCAAACUGGCAGCCCAAGGAGAAUCCAGAAACAGAAGAUGAUAUAGGGCCUCUAGUUCAGCAUAUCUAUGAGCUGAGAAACAAUGGCCCAAGUGCUUUCAGCAAGGUGAUGAUGACUCUGCAGUGGCCUUACAAAUACAAAAACUAUACGCUGUUGUAUAUUGUUCAGUAUGACAUCGAUGGUCCCAUGAACUGCACUUCUGAUAUGGAGAUCAAUCCAUUGAAAAUUAAGAUUUCUGCUUCUAAAGAGGAUGAAAAGAAUGAAACGUUUAGCAGGGAAGAUAAUCGCAAUCAUCGUAUCAGUCGGAGAGAUUUAACUGCCAUUGAAGGAGACGUGCAAACCUUGGGCUGUGGAAAUGCUGAUUGUUUAAAGAUAGUCUGCCAAGUUGGCCACCUGGAAAGGGGGAAGAGUGCAAUACUGUAUUUAAAAUCACGACUUUGGACCCAAACUUUCAUGAACAAAGAAAAUCAGAAUCACUCCUAUUCCCUUAAAUCAUCUGCUUCGUUCAAUGUUAUAGAGUUCCCUUACAAGAACCUUUCUUUUGAAGAUAUUCACAAUUCCACAGUGGUUACUACAAAUAUUACAUGGGGCAUUCAACCACAGCCUAUGCCUGUGCCAGUGUGGGUUAUAAUUUUAGCUGUCCUAGCAGGAUUAUUGCUCUUGGCUGUUCUAGUGCUCGUUAUGUACAGGAUGGGCUUUUUCAAACGUGUGAGACCGCCUCAAGAAGAACAAGAAAGAGAACAGCUGCAACCACACGAGAAUGGGGAAGGAACAUCAGAAGCUUAAGCAGAGUUUUAUCUACUACUCGCGUGUCUAGGCACUAUAAGGAGAUGAGGAGAAAAGAAAAACAGCUCAACAAAACAUGGUUGAGAUCUCUUCAGCUGACGUGAAAGGGUUUUUGUAGCCCUGUUAAUGUCAUUGCUAACUAUGUCUUAAUUUUACUGUGGCAACUGGAAAAUCAUUUUGCUGUUCUUCAAGAUAAAGAGGUACAUUUUGUUGAUACAUGUACUGUAGCUAUGGAGAGCUUCUUCCAUUUAUUUAAGUUACAUAAACACUUAUUUAAACAAUUUUUAUUUUCCAACGUUCUAUUUGAGAAUAAAUGCAAGUAGUUACUUCUCCCAUAUCCAUUAAUUUCCACUUUGAUUGGUUAAAGAAAGAAAAGUAGCAUACAUAAAUGGAGCAUACGGAGAAUGUCAAUAGAUAUAACAUCCCAAAUUCACUUUCAAGUCAUGUUAUUCUUUCAGGAGGGUUCUGAAGAGACCACUUUUCUGAAGGGAUGUACAGGCAGUCUUUGAUUUUGCAUUUUAAACUUGAUAGUAUGGUUAAAGAAAACACAUGCACUUGUGUCACUAUAAAUUUUAUAGUGGCAUACAAGCAUUGAUGUAUUCUUAUAGCACAUAUUUUAGAGAGACGUUAAAACUUUUAAAUAAACUUCAAAAAUGUAUUUUGGAAUGAAAUGAAUGCCUUGGAGUUGAAACUAAUGCAAAUAAGAUGUAUACUGCAAGCAUUAAGAUGAAGCCACUAAAAAUAGAGUAUCAAAUAAUUGUCUUAGCCUUCUUCUCAGAGAGUUAUAUUUCAGAAGUAAAAUGUUCAUGUAUACAGUAUCAGGAAUUACAUAAUUCUUUAGCCAAUGGAAACAUUAUCAAGUGCUAUAUCUUUUACAGUGAAAAAUGAAAUUCUGUAACUGCUCCAAUUUACAAUUAUUGCAGCAUCUCAUGAUGCAUAAUAGAGAGUGAUUUACAUUUAAAAAUGCAUAUUGUCUGGUAUAAUACCUGGCAAUAUUUAGAAAAUGUGAAGUGGAGGAUCUAACUGAAAGGUUCUUUCUCCCGAGAAACACUACCAAAUUGAGAUAGCUUUUGUCUAACCAUGACUGCAAAGUCAGACAUUUAUUAACAUAAAUGGAAAUAUUUGAGAGAUGUUGAUGGGGUUAGUACCAAGUUUAUCAUUUUACUUGUCCCACUGUUCUAAAUUGUGAUUGACAAGUGGAUCUUAGAUUCAUAUAAUGCUUAUGAAACUCUUAAGAAAGUUUAUUAUUUAUGUACUUUCU